AUGUCGCUAGAAGAUCAGUUUGAUAGGCUAGAUAUCUCCCACGGUAGGGAGCAUGCUAAUAUCCAAAUUUUAGAUAAACAUAGUAACAAUAUUAAGACGGAUGAGCUGUCAUUUACAAGAUCAAAGAGUAGUAAAGAUAAAGCUAAUAGAGCCACGGUAGAGAAUGUUUUGGAUCCGCGUACCAUGAGGUUUUUGAAGUCUAUGAUGAAUAGGGGUGUCAUUUCUGAAUUUAAUGGAUGUCUGAGUACAGGAAAGGAAGCAAAUGUGUACCAUGCAUUCGCCGGAGAAAGCAUCGAGGAUUCAAAGGAUGGACAUGUUCAAGGUGAAAAGAAAGAAUUAGCUAUUAAAAUCUACAAGACAUCGAUCCUUGUUUUCAAAGAUCGUGAGCGGUAUGUUGAUGGUGAGUUUCGAUUUAGGAAUUCCAGGUCUCAACAUAAUCCUAGAAAAAUGAUCAAGAUAUGGGCAGAGAAGGAGUUUCGUAAUUUGAGAAGAAUCAAUCAAAGUGGAGUCAUACCGGCUCCCAAACCGGUGGAGGUCAAGAAUAAUGUUUUGGUGAUGGAAUUUCUAAGUCGUGGUGACGGUUUUGCAUCACCACGUCUAAAAGACCAUCUUUUUGCCGAUAGAGCGGAAAUAUAUCAUUAUUAUCACACAAUGUUGGCUUAUAUUCGGUUGCUUUAUCAAGUGUGUCGACUGGUACAUGCGGAUCUGUCAGAAUACAAUGCCAUCGUUCAUGACCAAAAACUGUACAUCAUUGAUGUGUCUCAGAGUGUUGAGCCAGAACACCCAAUGAGUUUAGACUUUUUGAGAAUGGAUAUAAAGAAUAUCAAUGCGUAUUUCGAAAAGAUGGGUAUCGAUAUCUUCCCAGAACGUCUUAUUUUCCAAUUUGUAAUCUCAGAGACGUUAGAGAAGUUCGAUGGGAACCCUAAGAGCUCUGCUGACCUGAGCAACUAUGUUUCAAAAGCUUUACCAGUCAAAUCCACCACUGGUGAUGUUGAAGAGGAUGAAAUCUUCAGAAGUUUGCAUUUGGUUAGGAACCUAGAGGGUCUCGAAGAACGUGAUUUCGAUAGAUUCACAGAUGGCAAAUUCGAUUUGUUGAAGAGUUUGAUUGCUCAUGAUAAUGAGAGACAUCUCAGGGCUGCCCAUGAUCCAAUAGAUCAAGAUCUCGAACAUUCUGAAAGUGAAGAUGAGGAUGAGGAUGACGACGAUGAUGAAGAGGAGGACGGCAGUAGUGAUACAGAAGAUACCGAUGGGUCCAGCAGUGAAAGUGAUGAGGACGAAUUUCAGGAUGAUAAGAAGCCUAAAGGUAAGAAAUAUGAAGAUAAGGAGGAAAAGAAGAAGCGUAAGCAAGAGGCCAAAGAAUCAAAGAAGGAAAAGAGGAAAACGAAAGUGAAGAAGCACGUAAAGAAGAAGCUUGUGAAAAAGACCAAAUCCAAAAAUGAUUUUUCGAUCAUUCUUUUGGCAUUAAAUAAUAUUUUAAAUGACAAUUAUGUAACUAGACUUGUUACAUAG